CUGCAUGUAUAUGUGGAUCUCAGAUACGAUCUUGGCAACAUGAUAUGAAUGACCCAGCAUCUUCACGUACCUUGUACUUGGCCUCCUUCGCAUCUGUCGCUCUGUUUUGUUGCAAGCACAACAACUGCAUUGCGGUAUGUAUUUUUUUAUUCUGAAUGCAUUUACAUCAUCCCUGGCGACGUAUGCUGCCGUAGCGUCCAUUUCCUCCCCAUCACACUCAUAUCUCCUCACUUCUCGGUCGCUGAGACCUUCUACUGACUUAACUAUCUCAAAUAAAGUUAUUGCGCCAGAUGGAUUUUCACGUUCAACGACACUUGCCGGAGGAACAUUUCCCGGUCCUCUGAUCAAAGCUAACAAGGGAGACCACUUCGCCAUAAACGUGGUGAAUAAGCUAAAUGAUAGCUUUAUGCUCACAAGCAUCAGUGUUCAUUGGCAUGGGCUUUUCCAGAACGGAACGAACUAUGCAGAUGGUGUUUCAUUCGUCACACAGUGUCCCAUUCCCCCAAACUACUCAUUCCUUCACGCCUUUGAUGCCCCGAAUCAGGCUGGCACUUACUGGUACCAUAGCCAUUAUUCCACACAGCAAUGUGAUGGUCUCCGUGGCCCUUUGGUAAUUUAUGAUCCCGAUGAUCCCCUGUCUUAUUUGUAUGACGUCGAUGAUGAGACCACAAUUAUUAGCAUUGCCGACUGGUAUCAUAUCGUGUCCACAAUUCUACGUUACAUAAUUGGCGUCAGCCCGGAUUCAACGUUGAUUAAUGGGCUUGGUAGAUAUGUUGGCGGGCCAGAAUCCGAACUUGCCGUUGUCAACGUCGAGUAUGGAAAGAGAUACAGGCUGCGACUCAUUGGGAUGUCCUGCGAGCCUUCAUUCAAAUUCUCUAUCGACGGACACAACCUCACUGUGAUUGAAACAGAUGGUAUACUUACUGAGCCACUCUUAGUCGACUCGCUCCGGAUUUUCGCCGGACAACGGUACUCUGUCAUCCUCACAACUGAUAAGCCCGUGAACAACUAUUGGCUUCGCGCGCUUCCAAGUACCACUGGGUCCACGUUUGACGGUGGCCUUAACUGCGCCAUCCUGCGAUACAUAGGUGCACCAGCUGCAGAUCCAGCCACAGACUACACAGACAGCACCAUGCCGAUGCUCGAGACGAACCUUCAUCCCCUCAUCAAUCCUGGUGCAGCUGGAAUUCCUGAGUAUGGCAAGGCGGACAUCAACUUGAACUUGGUCGUCGACAACAUCGGUGGACUGUUUUUUAUCAACGGUGCCGUCUACGAACCUCCCAUUGUGCCAGUACUCCUGCAAAUUCUUAGUGGUGCACAAGAUGCCACCGAUUUGAUGCCCAUAGGAAGUGUUAUUGUGCUGGAGGCUAAUCAAGUCGUGGAACUGACUAUGACUACAAACGGCUUCGGCGCACCACACCCGAUCCACUUGCACGGGCACCCGUUUGAUGUCGUACAUUCAGGUGGUGCCAGUGACUUCAACUAUUUGAAUCCUGUGCGCAGGGAUGUUGUCUCUAGCGGUGCUGCAGGUGAAAAAAUGGUUAUUCGAUGGGUUACAGAUAAUUCCGGACCUUGGUUUUUGCACUGUCACAUAGACUGGCACCUCAAUGCUGGCUUCGCGAUCGUUAUGGCUGAGAGUCCCUCUGAAACUCAGAUGCACCUGAAGGGAUUACCGACUGCCUGGGGAGACCUUUGCCCUGCAUACGAUUCGUUGACAUCACAAUUGGGGGCGGUCGACUCGUAUGCAGAAGCAGCUAAUAUAACGACCCUGCUUCUUCCUGAUCACUAAAGACAUUUUUACCAGCAGGGCUGGGGAAAAAGCGCAAGAAAGGGUGGUUCUAUAUUGCUUAGAACAAUUGAUACGUGUACUGACACCGAGGAACAUUUGUGUCUUACAUGAGACAUUCAUACGACCUACGCUCUGUACUUGGAAUUCCUAGAUACAAUGCCCAGCAAUGUCGAACACAGCGUUUUCCAGUACAUAUGGGUAGUGCUGCAUCAUAGAUUGUCGAUAGGAAGCUCCUAUAUAUUACACGGCGCGCAUCGGACAAAAUUCUGCAUGGUACAGCCCUGCAGUCGCGACAAGUAGUUCAAAUAUUGACAAAAUGCA